AUGUCAUACGGAACUGCCCCAAUCGACUAUCCACCAGACCGUCAGAGACGGUCGUCGAUUCUCAUACCGUCCAUCCCCUCGUCUCCCUUCACCGGUGUGAAUUCUCUCGGCCGAUUUGCUUCGUCUUUUCAGCGAGCUCAGUCCUUUCUGAAUCUGGAUCCACCCCAGGGUCUUAACCGAGAACGCACCUACUUUGACGAUGACGAAUUCUCGCCUUACAGACGAGGUGACCACACGGGAGACGAUGAGUCUGUGUUUGACGAGUCUGACUUCCUCGAUGAACCCUCUUUUGCCUACACCGAAUCUGUUCAGCCCAGAUCGCGAUUAGACUCACUGGUAUCUCAAGAUGCGCCUCUGCUUGUCAAGCGAGUGGAAAAUGCAGAUGGUACUAUUGUCACAUCCGUCGAGGGACAGUCUACUGCCCCCCAGACCGUCUUCAACUCUGUCAACGUGCUUAUUGGCGUUGGUCUCCUGUCUCUACCUCUUGGUUUCAAAUACGCCGGAUGGGGUAUCGGAAUGGUUUUGCUUCUGGCAUCUGCAUAUUCCACACACUACACCGCCAAACUUCUGGCGAAAUGCAUGGAUACGGAUCCUUCUCUGGUCACCUACGCAGAUAUCGGUUACGCUGCCUUUGGAUCCAAGGCUAGAGUGCUCGUCUCGCUUCUCUUCUCUCUUGAACUGGUGGCUGCAUGUGUUUCCCUGGUGGUUUUGUUUGCAGAUUCACUCAACGCCCUGGUGCCACAAGUGACCAAAACAGAAUGGAAGGUUGUUGCGUUCUUCGUCCUUACACCUCCCACUUUCCUGCCUCUGUCAGUUCUCUCCAUUUCGUCGAUCAUGGGAAUCAUGUCGGUCGUGGGUCUGGUGGUGAUUGUAUUCAUUGACGGACUCGUCAAGCCUACUGCCCCCGGCUCCCUCCUUGACCCUAUGCCUACCAGCAUGUUCCCUCAUGCCUGGAUCCUCGUGCCGCUGUCGUUCGGUAUCUUCAUGGCUCCCUGGGGAGGUCAUGCUGUCUUUCCUAAUAUCUACAGAGACAUGCGACACCCCCAAAAGUACACAAAGUGUCUGAAGACCACCUACCGAAUCACUUUGGGUCUGGAUCUGGCCAUGGGUGUGCUUGGUUUUCUUAUGUUCGGUGAUCAGAUCCAAGAUGAGGUGACCAAGAACAUUCUCACUACGGAAGGAUACCCCGCAGUGCUCAAUGUCAUCGUUACUGUUCUCAUUGCUCUUAUCCCUCUGUCCAAAACCCCUCUAAACGCCCGACCCAUCAUUUCCACUCUCGAUGCUCUCUUUAACAUCCAAGCCAGCCAAACCCCUGGAGCUAAGAUUGCCCGAGUUUCCACACGCUGCAUCUGUGUGGCUACUUUUGUCAUUCUGUCCAUGGUGUUCCCUUCCUUUGACAAGAUCAUUGCUCUCAUGGGAUCUGGCUUCUGUGUCUCCAUUUGUCUCAUUCUGCCGCUCAGUUUCUACCUCAAGAUUUUCCGACACGAUAUCAAGGGGGGCGAGCGAUUCUUCAUCUACGCACUACUGCUCAUCUAUUCGGCAGUAGCGGUGGUUGGUACCAUUUGGUCGUUCCUGGGUGUCGAGCCUCCUCAUGUAUAG